UUCUUGCACCACAUAAUUCUUUCAAGAACUACCAAAACCUUCUUGAAAUCCCUCUCUUUCCUUUUAGUUCAUUUCCAAGAAACAAAUUGAACCAUCAUGGCCCCUGUCACUUCCAGUUAUGAGGUCACCUCCUCAAUCCCUCCUGCAAGGUUGUUCAAGGCCACCAUCCUUGAAGAGAAGCAUCUUCACAAGAUCUUGCCACAGGGCGUUAAGAGUGUCGAAAUCCUUGAAGGAGAUGGUGGAGUUGGCACAAUUAAGUUGACCACAUUUCUUGACGGUGGCGAGCAUAAGACUGCCAAACAGAGAGUUGAUGGAAUUGACAAAGAAAAAUUUACAUACAGUUAUACUGUACUUGAAGCUGAUGGAUUUAACGAUGUAAUCGAGAAAAUCUGUUGUGUCAUCAAAUUUGAACCCUCUGCUGAUGGAGGUUCAAUCUGCAAAACCACUAACACAUACUACCCCAAAGGUGGUGCUCAGAUCGGUGAGGAACACCUCAAGGGAGGAAAAGAGAUGGGUUUGGGAAUGGUUAAGGCUGUUGAGGCUUACCUCCACGCAAAUCCUACUGCCUACAACUAAUUAUAUUAUCUUCGAGAUUGAAGUACACACACUGAGGGUGUCUGUUUCCUUUUUUGCUUGGUUUGCUUUAAGCUGUUUGUUUAAGUUAUUUGCAACUAUGAUCAUAUAAUAUGAUCGAAGUGUGCUUUUCUUGUAACCUUUGUAUCAUUACAAGGAAUAAAAUCUUGUAUGGAGCUUUUACUUUGUUAUUUGCCAAGAAAUAAACUAUUUUGAGUUCAAUUUUCA